AUGGGCAAUGGCCAGUUGCUUCGUAGAGCUCAGGAGAUCUACUCAGACCUCUCCACGCAUGACCUUCGGAACUACACCAAAGUGUGCAGCUUGGUGCCCGAGUUCCCCGACAGGUACAAGAGCCAGCGGCGCUUUGACAAGUUCCGCGUGCGCAAAGGGGCCACGCAUCCGGUCUGGGCUGUGGCCGUAGCAGAGGUGAACAUGAUGAUGGCCGCGGCGACGGCCGACCACGAGGUUCACCUCUGGGACUUGGAAGUCAUGGAACUCCUGGUUUCCCUGAAAGGCCACUCAGAUCAAGUCUGGGAGGUGAAGUUCUCCAGCAACGAGACCACCCUGGCCUCUGGCAGCAGCGACAAGACCAUCCGCCUCUGGGACGCCCAAGAUGGGAGUCCGCUGGGCGUGCUUCGUGGGCACGAUGCGGCCAUAAGGUGCCUGAGCUUCUCCUUUGCGGGCUAUUUGAUCUCCGGAGACCAGGACUCCAACCUGUUCCUCUGGGAAGCCGAGAAUGCCAGCCCCAUCAAGCAGUGGAAGGCCCACCAGGGUGCCGUCCACAGCGUGGCCUUCUCCAUAGCAGAGCCGCUCCUCGCCCUGUCAGUUGGUGCGGAUGGCUCCGUGGCGUCUUGGUACGUGAAGAGGGAGGAUGACGACAUGAUCCUCGGAGGGCGAUUUGCAGGUGGCAGCGGCGGCGCUGUGCUGAGUCUCGCCUGUCAUCCGGUGUACCCGGGCAUCGCGGCCGUGGGGAACCAGGACGGGGGCGUGUGGAUCUGGGACUUCACUCCGGACUUCCAGCGAGGCACUGCGGAAGUCACAGGCCACCAGCGGCUGCGGGGACAUACGGAAGCUGUCUGGUUCUUGGAGUUCUCACGCGAUGCCUGCCUGCUGGCAUCCGGCUCUGCCGAUUGCACUGUUCGAGUAUGGGAUGCCUCUUCCAUUGCCGUCCCCUCUUUGCUGGCGGUCUUCAAAGCACAUGACUCGUGGGUGAGGCAGGUCCGAUGGUUCAAUCAGCCGGGGAAUGGCCGGGGCAAGAAGAGGCUCUUGGUGACGUGCUCCACGGAUGGCCGGGUGGCAGUCUGGGCACCACCUGGACGUUUGCGGAAGAUCAAGAAGCUAGAGGACGCGCCGUCCCUGAGCCAAAAACUCUACGUGCCCGUGGAUGCAGCUGCUGAGGCCUGUAAUUGCAACUUUGGCGGAAACCUUGUGGUAAUGCCGCAUGGCCGCAUGGCUGUGUCUUGUGCCCGCUCGCCUCCAGUCGAGCAGAGAGCUGGUUGCCUACACAGGCGACCAGAGCAUUGCUGGCACUUUGCAACCCUCUUUGCCUCUGCCAUCGCAGCCAUCGCCGCAGCUUGCCCUGCCGCCGCCACUGAAAACCGAGCCCAACAGACCUUCAAAGCCAGUGCAAAGUCCGACUACCAACGUGCAUCGCUGGGGCCAGUGAAUGAAGGCAUCCGGCUCGGAUCGACGCUGACCUCCUUGAAGUCAGCCUCAACCUUGGCGUGA